AUGCCCCCGACUUCCGCGAUCCGAGAACUCGCCAAUGGUGGCUCAAUGCCCCCAGAAGCUCAACAUCAGGCUUGGAUCGCAGCUUCACCAGGUUUGGCAGAAGGCAGAGUAGUCAUGGAUGCAAGACCAUGCAAGUCCCAUCACUCCCUAACUCGCGCACUCGCUGAUGGCGCUUUUUCUAAAGCACCCGAACAUCAAUAUUUGGCUCCAGCGGGGCUUUUACAGGGAGAGUUCAAGACGGCCUCAUUGAUUAAAGAUUGUCGGUCAAGACAUCGGUUUCAAGUCGUAGAAGCUAAUUCACCAAGCCCAUCGCCCACCAGCCCCACAGAAGUUCCUACGCCUGCGACUCUAAAUCAACUAUGCAAUAGUCCACAAUCUUCACACGCGGACACAUCUCAAAACCGACUUGUCCUCAAAUCCUUGCACCCCAAAUCAACUCACCCCGGGCCAUCUCACUUGUCCUUGUCCUGUCCUACUACCAACACCUCAAUAAUGAAUCCUCACCAUCAAAGAACUCCCAACUCGAACCUGGUACCCAGAUCUUCCGAAAUCACCCCCCUGACGGCAGGCCACCAGUUUUCCCCCCAACAUCUUCCACCACACAAUGUGCAGAACUCCCCUCACAGUCAACAGAGCAGCCAAGCCGGUCAACAUUCUCAUUAUGCUAGCCUCCAAUAUAGUCAAAGUCCAGGCCACUACAACACCUUGAACCAACCGCUGUUCCAUCCACCCUCUCCGGAUGUCUUCACACCUACCCCAAUAACCCCAUUUGAGCAUCACCGAGCUCGACUUCAAUCCACGCCACACCCCACCGGCCGUUCUACCCGAGACCAGGUCGUAUUUUUGCCCAUCCUGAGCUCUAAUUCGUCCAGCUCCUCUUCCCAUCAAAGCUUGAAUCCUCACCUCAACACUAGGAGAGCUUCUCACAUCAACAGAUCGGACUCCAGCUGCUCAUACGCCUCAACACCAGGUGCCCCAAUACCUCAUCAAGUCCUACGUCAGCGUGUUGCUCCACUUCAUCCAUCUCCACUCUCCUCGUCCACCAUCCAAUCAAGCACUUGUCAACCCAGCACUCUCACCACUCCACCAAGUCGAGUCAACCAACCCAGACCAGGAAAUCAAGACUUAACUUCUACUUCCUCUCCUGUACCUCCACCUCCCCUUGCAGGGCUCCAUGACCGUAUCAGCAAAAAGAGGAAGUGUUCGGAAAUCUCUGAAGAUGGCGGUCCAGAGGCGCAAUCGGAGGAGGAGCUGUUGAAGCUUACUGAGGCUCAGCUUGCCAUUCAGGCACGGAAAGCCUCCAAGAGAGCCAUGUCUGAUGAUGAUCGUGAUUUCUUCGCAAACUUUCACCAUCGACAGCGCAAGCUGCUCAUCAUCCAAGCAAUUGAACGGGGCGUCUCAAUGCCAAUGGUUGAUGGAUACUUAGGGAAGCGAAUGGUGAUUAAAAAGCCCAGUGGGUGGAACCGAUUCAUGCAGACUCCCAAAGUAAGGGAGGUGUUUCGCGGAGCCCAAAAAGGUGUUAAAGACAAGUCAGCUAUGCCGUUGGUCUCAACCAUGUGGAACGAAUUACCGGAAGAGGAGCGAUUGCGCUACAUGAAGCCAUCCAGCAAGAAACAACAUAAUAACCUGGACCCUUCAAUCGCAGCCACUAACAAUGAGAACCCCAGCGGUGAGGCCGAUGAUGAUAAUGAAGAUGAGCUGCAAGUAAUCAUGCGUCGAUCAGUUUCAUUCAAGCGGGCAUCCGAUCAAGUUCAGGACUUCAUGGCAGAUUGGUUUGAGCAGGCGGUUCACAUCUCAAAGACUUGUGACUGUGAAAUGGUCAUGUUUGCAGUGUCCAGGCACCUUGGGACACACUCAUUUCAGUUCACCAGAUCAACCCACGGCGCCACUCGGUUUGUGAUGGGGGCUCAGAUUCUCGAUGGCACUAGACACUACGCGGCUCGAUUCCAAUCGUACAUCACUGGCUAUGAAGUUGCCCAGAUCGCAAAGAUUAAUGGCAAAAAGCAAGGCCCACCCAAGACUCCAUCGGUGUCUACGGCUGUGCGGUUGUCACAUCUCAUCACUGAGAAAACCGAGGGGGUCAUCAAAAAAUGGCCCUGGACUAGGACAGAAUUUCGCCUGGCCAAGCUGAAGUACAGGCUGGUAUUGCUUCCUGGGUCAAAGACUAACCGCGAUUGGCUUAUGAGGCCUGGUCGCGAACUGAAGGGGCCUCGGGAGGCCACAUUGCACCUCGAUCUUGACAAGAAACUCAUAGACAUUGUCCAUGAUCCCUUGAUUCCGGAUGAUGUGACCGAGGCGGAUUAUUCCUCUAGCAUCGUUUCAAGCGACUCAAACACCGGAAGCAGCACUCAAUCAAAUUCGCCGCAGGACAAGCAACUAAGUAAUUCUUUUCAUACAUCAUUGGAUGAAAAUGAUACAGCUGUGUCUGAUCAGCUGUCACAUCAAGUUAACUAUGAUGGUUUUGAGAGCGAUGUUAGCCAUAGAAGUAUAGAGGAGAGUGAGGACGAGGAGAGUGACUAUGAGGAGAGUGAUGAUGAGGAUGUGGAUGAUUGAAGUGAUUGUAUCCAAUCAGGUUGAUUUGUUUCUCUUGUUCUCUCAUUCUCUCGCUAUUCUUGCAUGUUUCAGUUGGUGAUGUUGGUCGGUCUUUGGUUUUUGUCAUGGUUGU